GUGUGUGUGUGAUCUCGCGCGCCAUCGGACACUCGACAGAUCAACUAUGGCGGAAAGGUAGGGAAGACGUUCACCUAACAAGGGGGAUUCAGCAUCAGCUAGCUACAAUUUGACCGACACCGCAGGCUACAUCUGCUUGAACGGAAGUCGUUGUAGUAGAGCAAAGACUUUUCUGUCCUGACUCUCUUGGUCGUGCGCAACGCCGGAGGCCCCAGAAGACGAAAAGAUGCCGAAUAUUAAGAUUUUCAGCGGAAGCUCCCACCAGGAUCUGUCUCAGAGAAUCGCCGACCGGCUCGGACUUGAGCUGGGGAAGGUCGUCACGAAAAAGUUCAGCAACCAAGAAACAUGUGUGGAGAUUGGAGAGAGUGUACGUGGUGAGGAUGUGUACAUCGUGCAGAGCGGUUGUGGAGAGAUCAAUGACAACCUGAUGGAGUUGCUGAUCAUGAUCAACGCCUGCAAGAUAGCUUCGGCUUCCCGUGUCACCGCAGUCAUCCCCUGUUUUCCUUACGCCCGUCAAGACAAAAAGGACAAGAGCCGAGCUCCGAUCUCUGCCAAGCUGGUGGCCAACAUGCUGUCAGUGGCAGGAGCAGAUCACAUCAUUACCAUGGACCUGCACGCCUCUCAGAUUCAGGGUUUCUUCGAUAUUCCUGUGGACAACCUGUACGCUGAGCCGGCUGUGCUGAAGUGGAUUAAGGAAAAUAUCCCUGAAUGGAAGAACUGCACCAUUGUGUCUCCAGACGCCGGAGGAGCUAAGAGGGUCACGUCUAUAGCAGACCGGCUGAAUGUUGACUUUGCCCUCAUUCACAAAGAAAGGAAGAAGGCUAAUGAGGUGGAUCGCAUGGUGUUGGUGGGAGACGUGAAGGACCGUGUGGCUAUCCUGGUCGACGACAUGGCUGACACGUGUGGUACCAUCUGCCAUGCUGCUGACAAGCUAAUAUCAGCCGGUGCCACCAAAGUGUAUGCCAUCCUUACCCACGGCAUUUUCUCAGGGCCUGCCAUAUCACGCAUCAACAAUGCCUGCUUUGAAGCUGUAGUUGUGACCAACACCAUUCCACAGGAAGAGAAGAUGAAGCAUUGUCCUAAAAUACAGGUCAUCGACAUUUCAAUGAUCCUUGCAGAAGCUAUUCGAAGAACCCACAACGGCGAGUCAGUCUCGUAUCUCUUCAGCCACGUCCCCUUGUAACCCUUCCUCAGCGUGUGUCCCUUUCUUGUGCUUUAUUACCAAAAAAGAAAACAAAGGGAGCCUGACCCCAAGUCCACAGUAAGGUGUAUCUAACUGAGACCCCAAAGGAAUUCUGUGAAAUCAUGGCACCCAGUCCACCUGUUGGAGCUGUUCAUCUCUAGUUGAGGAUUCAAGCUUUGAAUGCUUUAUCUUAAGGUUAAGACUGUGGACAUUUAGUUUCUAGUCUUAAACACCUCCUUUUUAUUACCUUCCACGACUAGGUUGACUAGAUUCGGGUGACAAUCUGUUACACUUUAAUUUAUUUGGGCUUAAUUUGUAUAAGUAACUUGCGAGAUGUUUUAUCUCCACUGACAGAAAAUGUAAAGUAGUUGAGUGAGUUUAUUUUCCUUGUUCUUUCCGUUUUUUGUGUUCGGAGAUGCUUGGGGAUCAUAACUUGGGGUCUCUGCAGGCUGGAGCUUCCUUGAUUAUCUACUUGUUCAUUUCUUUGUUUUCUACUUUCUUUCCUUUUUUUAUUUUAAAUUUGAAUGUAUUUUCUGAACUGAUUUAGCCACACUUUCUUAGACUCCAUCAUGAAAGUGCUAAUUCUGUUUCUCUUUUAUGUGUUGGAUUUCCGUUUUUCAUUUCAAAUUCCUAAAUUUUGUU